UGCUUAACCUGAACUUGAGCUUGUCAAGUGAGUGCAUAUUACUGCAUAUUUUAUACCAUGUUGUAAAUGCAUUUCCUUUGCCGUUGAGUAAUAAAAAAUGGACGCAAAAAUAGUUGCACUGUUUCUCUUGACAAAUUGGCUAGUUCAAACCCUUGGACAAUUACACAGACCAUGUUCGGGGUCAUGUGACAAUGUUUGUUACGCUGAGUUUUCAAAAUACGACGCUAAUUCUUUUCUUGCUAAUGGUAAGAGGGCUACUCCUAGAGAAUGCUGUCACGAAUCUUACUGUGAAAGUCAGGGGACAAAAUGCUAUACUGAGCAAUACAGGGCUUACAUAGCAAACAAGUUUUCAAAGUCCUGUCCUGCUGGGCAAACUGUGGCGGUAACAUCUUGGUGCCCGGGACAUUAUGCCUAUGAUUGCAAAGAUAUCUGUUCGGCUCUUGGAAGGGAUCGCUGUGCCAAUGGUGGAACAUGUAUAUCUUUUUUGAAUGGCAUUGGUUACUCUUGCACUUGUCCUCAUGGUUUUCUUGGAGAUAUUUGUCAUAUAGAUAUAGACGAGUGUGCAUCCAGCCCGUGCCACAGUGCAUACAGUAUCAAUUGCACAGAUGGUGCUAGCGACUAUAUUUGUCACUGCAAACCCGGUUACACUGGAAAGAACUGCCUUACUGAAAUCAACGAGUGUUCUAGUUAUCCGUGUCAGUAUGGAAGCACGUGCGUUGAUCUAAUUAAUGGAUACAGGUGUCUGUGCCCUGAUGGUUACACGGGGGAAAAUUGUGACAUCGAGGUUCUGUGUUUUAGAGGACUUGUUCCUAUCUCUUGUGACGAAUCCUACUACAAUUGCACAGAGGACUGGCAUUUUCAUUCUCCCUGCAACAACAAGAGCGUGCCUGCUGGAGAUGUAAGGUUUCCACAUCCGUUGUCACAUGACAAGUUCCUCAUGUGUGAUCUUAUGGGAAGAACAUACAUUGUAUACUGUCCACCGAAUCAGGUCUACUAUGCAGAAUGUUCCCAAUGUGCUCCUCCAGGUCAGACUUUCUCUGGAGCAUGUGAGAAAGCUGUAACUGGUGUCAGUAAUCCAUGCACAGAACAGAACAUCAUCCAAGGAAUUACGUAUUUCCCGUAUCCUGGCGUGAGCAGCAAGUAUAUCCACUGUGAUGUGUGGGGUCAACCAUGGGAAUCGGAUUGUCAACCAGGUUACAUCUGGAACCAACAAAACUUGACUUGCAUCAAUCCAACACGAUACAACCCAUGUAAACAACAUGGAACACUGACACAAGCUCUGUAUCCCCACAACUGCGACCCUCAUCUAUAUGUCCAUUGCAAUGGAAACGGACAGUAUUUUAUUCAAGCUUGUCCACAGGAUUAUGUUUUCUUACCAGCACGACUUUCCUGCUUCCCUCAAGGUACCCCCGGCACGGAAACCCUUCAAAACACGUGUCCAUAAUCGAGUGAAGUUCACAAAGACAAAAAGAAUACGGUUUUAUUCAGUAAUGUUUAUAAGUAUUGAAGUGCCAUUUUUGUAAUAUGAUAG